GAAGGAGUUGAGCUGGAAGCUGUCGUAUCCUGCACAUCUGACGGCCUCGUGGUCAUUCUCCGCCGUGCCCGUCCACUCAUCCCCGGCGUCAAACCACCGACACCGAGGGCCCCAGGAGUUAUUCAUAUGCGGACGGAACCGAGCAGUGGGAUCUUCGCCGCCCCCUGGGCCCCUCACCCCGUAUUCUCUCCAUCAAAUGUCAACCCCCCACCCACACCGCAGUUCACCGGCGUCCCGGCUACAAAUCUCACCGCCGGAGGCCCGCCGCCUCAAGACUUCUUCACCGCCAUCCGCGACAUCGCGUGUUUCGCAUGGGCACUCACCGGGAUCAACGGGUGCCUCGCCGAGUUCUCCCAGGGCAAGCCGCAGGGGGAGUCGCAGCCUCCUGAAGGGUUGCCGGUCUGG